AUGGAUCGCUUUCUGGCACAUAUUCGUCCUCAAUCAUUACUCUCACUUUCUAUCGUACGUCGCUUAUCAUCAUUUAAACCAAAAUCAUUUGAUAUCAAAGCACGUAUUGUCGAAAGAAAAACACUGCGUGCUUUACUCGAUUUAGUUGAUCAAUUAGACGCAUCAUAUUUAACUGCAAAAAAUAAAUUACCCGUUCCUCCAUUAGUUGUCGAUACAACAUAUCUAUCAAUAAAACCACCUGAUCCACGUUUUCCAAUACCCGGACGUAUUGGACCCGAUCGUAAUCAACAAAACAAGCAUAUUCCUGCACAGUCCACCGCAAAACUUGACCCAAAACGUUACGGUAUUGAUGGUAAACUUAUUCUGGACGAACUAUUAACAAUGACUCUACCGGUUGAUCAUCAAAAAGAUUCCAUAACACAGCUAAUGGGUACUCAUAUGGUAUUAUCUUCACCAACGAAUAAGAAAGAAUUUCUUUCGAAUUUAAUUAAUCAUGAAAAUUUAGAAAUUCGUGCAUACGAUUGCCCAUCAUUAUUACGCUAUGAAUUGCAUCGUCUUUUUUUAAAUUAUAAUGUUUUAAUGCAACCAUUAACAGCCAUAACAAUUAUAUUAAAAACAAAUUCGGAUAUGUCAACGUGGUCCCCUAAAAUCGAAGAAGAAAGAAAUGAAUUAACAGAUCAAUUUAUUAAGCUGGCACAUGAAAUGUGUGCUUAUUUAGCUGGAAAACAGUAUUGGGCUGAUUUUAUCGAUCCAUCAAGUGGUCGUCCUUAUUAUGGUCCACAUACAGCAGAUACGUUAUUUGAAACUGAUGAACGUUAUCGUUAUUUUGGUAUCAAUAUUGUAGAUUUAGGUUGCUGUCGGGUUGUUGAACAUUUACAACAUGGAACUCAUAUAUUUAUCGGUUGUGUAUUUACAAGUGCAUUGAAGAAUGAUCCAAAUGUUGAACACCUUCUAAAAGAGUUUGUAAAUUCAAAUAAAAAGAACAAGUCACUUGAAGAUACAACAGAAACUGAAAAUGACAAUGAUUCCGUUUUGUCAACAAUUAAUUUAAAAUAA